AUGGCGGUGGGCAGGUCUGGAGUGAGGGGCCCACAAGCCCUCACCAGGCCCCGCUUCUCCCCAGUGAAACCCAGGGCCCCCGGAAACCUCACGGUUAACGCCACCGACUCCCACACGUGGCAGCUGGCCUGGAGCGACCCGUACCCUCCCAAUGGUAGUCUGCAUGCCAAGCUCUUCUACCUGGUCAACAUUUCAAAUGAAGACGACCCCACGGAGUUCCUAGUCAGUAAUGUGACCUACAGGGAGCACACCCUCCACAUCCCAGCCAGCACCCUGAAGCCCGGGGCCCUCUACAGCGCGCGGGUGCGGGCCUGGGCCCGGGACUACAACAGCCUGUGGAGCGAGUGGAGCCCCCGCGUCCAGUGGCUUAACGACUACGAGUGGCCCUGGGAGCAGCACCUCCCACUUGCCGUCGGCAUCUCCUGCAUCGUCAUCAUGGUCGUCUGCCUGUCCUGCUACUUCAGCAUCCUCAAGAUUAAGAAGGAAUGGUGGGACCACAUCCCCAGCCCGGCCCACAGCUCCCUCGUGGCUGUUGUCACCCAGGAGCCUCAGGUGCCACUGCGGGGGAAGAGGUCCGGGGGCCAGGAACCUGCCAAGUGCCCGUACUGGAAGACGUGUCUGACGAAGCUCCUGCCCUGCUUACUGGAGCCUGGCGUGGAGAGGGGUGACGGUUCCUCCCAGGCGGCCAGGAGCGGGCCUGUCCAGGGCCCUGGGAAACCAGCCUGGCGCCCCGUGGAGGUCAGCAGCGCGGUCCUCUGCCCGGAGAGCAUCAGCGUGGUGAAGUGCGUGGAGCUGCUCGAGGCCCCGGUGCAGAGUGAGGAGGAGGAGCCGGUGGAGGAAGAUGGAGGGAGCUUCUGCCCCUCGCCUGAGAGCAGCGGGGGCGGCUUCCAGGAGGGCAGGGCGGGCAUCGCGGCCCGGCUGACGGAGAGCCUGCUCCUGGACCUCCUUGGGGGCGCGGAGGGGGGCUUUUGCCCGCCAGGCUCGGGGGAGCCCUGCCUUCUUCCUCCGUCAGCAGGUGUGAGUGCUCAGAUGCCUUGGGCUGAGUUACCAGGUGAGGCGCCUCAGGAGGCCUCACUGCGGGGCAGUGGGCAGCCUUCUGACCCAGAGCCGCCCCCA